UCUUGUUUUGAUUCCUGGCGGUCGCAGGCAAGAUGGCGGCUACAUUGGAACGGGUUAGGAUCUCCGCCUCCGAGUUACGGGACUUGCUGGCAGCCGGCGACGGGGCAGGCAGUCGAGAAAACAUGAGGCAAAUUAAAGAACCCAGACACAGAAGAGAUAAUAGACGUCCAGACAUGGAAAUCUACAAACCUGGUCUCUCCAGGUUGAGAAGUAAGCCUAAACAAGAUGAGACUGGUCAUGAAGGUGACAGCAUUGAGGGUGCUAACGAGCCCAACAUAGUUAAUGGAGUAAGUCCAUCUCCCGUCUCAAUUGAGGCCAUGCAAGAUGAUGAUCUUGAGCAGGACAGCCAUUUGUCGAGUAUCCCAGAAGGUCAAGAACGAAAGAUCCCCAAAAGAACCAAGAAACCUGACAGGCAAAUCUACCAACCAGGAAGACGAAAUCAGAUUCUCGGGAAAGAACCUUUGAGUGAAAAAACAGAAGAAGACUGUGUGAGAAAAAUAGAACAGCUGAAAAUAGUCGAUGAGGAAGACUAUGAGAAGGUCAACAAAAAAGCAGUAAAACAUGAGAUGGUUCAGGAUGAUGGUGGUAAGCCGAAUAAGGCAGAAAAGCCUAGGAGGUCUGAGAAAGACAAACCUAACAAGGCUGUGGAAGAUAUGCCCUUCGUGAGGCCCGGGAAGGAGGAUCGUAAGUCUGGUUCCACUAAACGUUACUCCCAUUCUGACAAACGCAGGACACGGACUCGAAACUGCAGCACCAGCUCAGCUGGAAGCAACAACAGCAGCGAAGAUGCCCUUUUUGGAGAAGUGACUAAGAGACAUCAAGAUAGGGCAAAGGUAAUUGGGGAUCGGAAAGAAAAGGUACGCGUGAAAAAGCAGGUGUCUCUCUCUUCCACUGAUUCUUUAGAAGAGGAUUGCAAUGAAUGGUUAGAGGGUCCACCUGCAAGCAGAAACUUGGAAAAGAAGAGACCGCACCCAAUGGAUAAAGGACUGGUAACCAAAGCAGACAUUGAGAAAAGAGCAGGUAACAGAGAUAAUAGAGGGGUGAUUCCUCAAGGACAGUCUAAACACCGCUCUUACCCUGAUGAAGACCGAGCAAAGAAGAGAGGCGAGAUAGCGACUAAUCGAUACAAUGCUGAUACUGGCAAACAGGAGUUGACUGGGAAAGCAGUUGAACCAAGAGGAAGAGGAAGGGGAAUUCUCAUUCUUCCAGCCAACACGGACUUCUCCAAUUCAGCAGGGGCAUUAGAUACAAACCAGAGUAACACAAAGCCUCUCCUUAUUUCAGCUGCAGGCAAAGGGGUCCGUGGCAGGGGCCGUGGGGGAGCCACUCGUCGCCUGUGGGAUCCAAAUAAUCCUGAACAAAAGCCUGCUUUGAAAAACCAGAUGCCUCAGUUACACUUUCUGGACACUGAUGAUGAGGUUUCACCUUCCUCCCAGGGUGAUGUUUACCAGUCUGUGCCUCAGACACCUUACUACAAGUUUCAGAACUCUGAUAAUCCAUACUACUAUGCCCGCCCAGCAUAUCCUUACAGUAGUUUUUCUAUGCCGUACUCCAUGAGCCCCAGCAACGGCAUGUACCCAGGUGCAUAUUACCCUGGAUACCAAGCCCAGCCUGGGCAUUAUAGCUCUGGACACUAUUCGGGAAGCCCCCUGACUCCAGAAGAAAUGGAACAGCAGGUGAGGACACUGCAGCAGCAAGAAAUGAGGAGUCUUUUGAGACUGGCAGAUAAUCAAGAGCUGCAACUCAGUAACCUCCUAUCCCGAGAUGGAAUUAGCACUGAAGGUCUUAAUAAAAUGGCAGUUCUUCGGUCAGAGCUCCUUCAGCUGUACGAGCGCUGCCUUCUGACAGACAUCGAGUUCUGUGACCAGCAUAAUGUGGACCAGCUGCUGUGGAAGAGCGUCUUCUAUCAAGUCAUAGAAAAAUUCAGACACUUCCUGAAGGAGCCCUCUUCUGAAAGCGAUGUUAUUCGCAGGCAACUCCUCCAGGUCCUAGACGAAGGAACAGCGUUUUUUGACAGUUUGCUUCAAAAACUGCAAGCAAGUUACCAGUUUAAUUUGGCGGAUUAUAUGGAUGGACUGGCCAUCCGCAGCAAACCUCUACGUAAAGUGGUAAAGUUUGCCCUCAUCAGUGCCCAGCGCUGCAUGAUAUGCCAGGGUGACAUCGCUCGGUACAAAGAGCAGGCAACAGACACAAGUAAUUAUGGUAAAGCCCGCAGCUGGUACUUAAAAGCUCAGCACAUUGCACCAAAGAAUGGACGACCUUAUAACCAGCUUGCCCUCCUGGCUAUAUACACGAGACGCAAAUUGGAUGCUGUUUAUUACUAUAUGCGCAGCCUGGCUGCAAGCAACCCCAUUCUCACUGCUAAGGAGAGUCUCAUGAGUUUGUUUGAAGAGACCAAACGCAAGGCUGUGCAGAUGGAAGCGAAGCAGCAAAAGGAUACGGGGCUCAACCUUCACAAUUCUAAUGCACGGAUGACAUUUCGACACACCGCUGAUGACACUACUCGUGUAGAAGUAUGGAUCCACCGGACACAGACAGGAACCUCGUGUCAGAACUCUGAGGGCUACAGUGGUCUGGACAGUCUUGGACCAAGUGAACUGAAUAAACGCUUCCUGCUCAGUUUCCUGCAUGCCCAGGGGAAGCUCUUCACCAGGAUUGGGAUGGAAACAUUUCCCUCGGUAGCAGAAAGGGUUCUCAAGGAGUUCCAGGCCCUUCUCCAACACAGCCCAUCCCCAAUUGGUAGUACAAGGAUGCUCCAGAUCAUGGCCAUUAAUAUGUUUGCUGUGAGUCACUCCCAAUACAAAGACGGACAUGCUGAAGACUCACGCUCGGGGGUACAAGACCAGGCUACGUCACUGGGCCUAUCCAUGUUCUCCCUGCUGGUGGCCAGAUGCAUCCAGUUGCUAAAAAUAAUGAGAAAAGAGCAAUGUAACAGAGGAGGAAAAGGAUCCACUAGCGAAGAUGAAGAGGACUUGAAAGUUUCUUCCUUCUCCCCUGAUAUUAAAGAACUCCUGCCUAGUGUCAAGGUGUGGUCAGACUGGAUGCUGGGGCACCCAGAUACAUGGAACCCCCCACCAAAUCUCAUAAAUGACUGCAAAGAGCCAGCGCUUGACAUAUGGGGUGUUCUGGCAGAAUUCUGUAACACGCUGACCUCCGUAAACCAGUCUGAGAUCCCUCUCUAUAAGGACCCAGAUGAUGACCUUUCACUUCUUAUCCUGGAAGAAGAUCGACUCCUCUCUGGUUUUGUCCCCCUUCUCGCUGCCCCUCAGGAGCCAUGCUACGUUGAGAAGACCUCAGACAAGAUUAUUGCUGCGGAUUGUAAGCGGGUCACAGUCCUGAAAUAUUUCUUGGAAGCGUUGUGUGGACAAGAAGAGCCUCUGCUGGCAUUCAAGGGUGGAAAAUAUGUGUCAGUGGCACCCGUCCCAGAAGCCAUAGGAAAGGAAACAGGAAGCCCAGAGGGAAACCAACUGGAAGAUCAGGAUGAUGUAGUAAUCGAAGAGUACACAGAAAACUCCGAUCCAGAAAGCAGCGGGACAGAGUACGACAUCCGAGAGCUGCGUGCCAAGAAACAAGAACUGGCCAAGAAGGUCGAGGAGCAGAAACGUCGGCAGCAGAAAAUUCAGGCCGUGCUGGAUAACAAGACGAGACACCUGGAGCUGGAGAUAUGCCCCUUGUUUCUUGUGCCGGACACAAAUGGAUUCAUCAAUCACCUUCCUGGGCUUGAAUUGCUGCUUUCCUGCCAGAUAUAUAUUCUUGUUAUUCCUCUUAUAGUUAUCCAUGAGCUGGACGGCUUAGCAAAAGGCCAGGAAUUCGAUCAGCGCAACAUAGGACACGCUCGUGCGCUUCAAGAGAAGGCCAAGAAGGCAAUUCAGUUCCUGGAGCAAGGAUUUGAGGCUCGAGAUCCCUUUUUGAGAGCCCUUACGAGCCGCGGCAGUGAACUGGAAUCUAUUGCCUUUCGGAGUGAGGAUAUCUCUGGACAGAAGGGGAACAAUGACGAUCUUAUCCUGUCUUGCUGUCUACAUUAUUGCAAGGACAACGCAAAGGAAUUCAUGCCUUCAAACAAAGAUGAUCCCAUCCGCCUGCGAAGAGAAGUUGUUCUUCUGACUGAUGACCGUAACCUUCGUGUCAAGGCUCUGACCCGUCAUGUUCCUGUGCGUGACAUCCCUGCGUUUCUCAAGUGGGCAAAAGUGGGGUGAAGCUGCCAGAUACUGGGAAUGGUGAAAAAAAUGAGAAGAAUAUCCAGUGUGAGACCUGACGGGGCGAGAGGUCGUUACAGGCAGCCCUGUUACAACAACCCACCUCCCCACGUCAAUCCACAUGCACACACUCCAGACUCCAACCUGUCAUCUGCAAUAAAACAAAAACAAAAUUCC